CAAUCAACAACAUGGCGCUAAGUUCGGAGCGGAGGUACGUUCUGGGUCUCGACUUAGGGACAACGACUGUCAAAGCGGCCAUUGUUGACUGUGCCACUAACGAGGUAGUGGCGGCGUCUUCUGCGGACACCCAGGCGUCAGUUUCCAGUCGUGACAAUGGUCCCCUUGCGAACGAGCAGGACCCGAAGAAGAUCAUCACGGCCUUACAGUACAUGGUGUCACGUCUUCCACGAGAUAAGCUGUCUCAUGUCCUUAAAAUUGGAAUAUCGGGACAGAUGCACGGGGUGAUGUUUUGGAAGCGGGGGAAGGCAUGGAGCAAGAACCCGUUUGGGAGGUUCGAGGUGGAAAGCACCAGCAACCUUACCACAUGGCAGGACUGUCGAUGUACCCCUGAAUUCUUAGAGACCUUGCCACGGCAUGAUUCUCACUUAAGACUGUCCACUGGUUAUGGGUGUGCUACUAUAUUCUGGUAUAAAAAGAACCACCCUGAGCUUUUAGAUAAAUAUGACUGUGCCGGUACAAUCCAAGACUUUUUUGUGGCCACUCUAUGUGAACUGUCAAAGCCUGUGAUGUCAACACAAAAUGCAGCCAGUUGGGGCUACUUCAGCACUAUUGCAAAUUCAUGGAAUACAGACAUACUUUCUAGGGCACAGUUUCCAGUUCACAUUCUGCCUGAGGUGCGACCACCAGGUUCCAUAGCUGGCCACCUAUCUUCUGAUUGGUAUGGUUUGGCUAAGGGGACCCCAGUCAGUGUCGCAAUGGGGGACCUACAGUGUUCAAUCCUUUCUGGCAUACAGCAAGAACAUGAUGCAGUUUUAAACAUCAGCACUUCUGCCCAGGUGGCAUUUGCGAUGCCCAAGGGAUUCACGCCACCCCCCUGUGACCUGAAAUCACCCAUCGAGUAUUUCCCCUACUUCAGUGACACCUAUAUUGCAGUGGCUGCCAGUUUGACAGGGGGAAAUGUCAUGGCGGCUUUUGUGAAGAUGCUACAGCAAUGGACUCAUGAACUGGGUCAUGCAGUUCCAGACACCAAAGUGUGGGCUACUCUUUUAGAACAGGGAGAGGAAGAGGAGAGCACCGAUUUGGUGAUCAGCCCAACAAUCUAUGGUGAACGCCAUAUGCCAAAUCAGCACGCCACUGUCAGUAAUAUCAAUACCAGCAACUUAAGCCUUGGCAGUGUAACACUGGCAUUGUGCCAAGGAGUAGUGACCAAUCUGCACACCAUGAUGCCACGAGAUUUUUUACUUGGAGCAGGAGUGAAGAGAAUUGUUGGCAGUGGUGCCGCGCUAACCAAAAAUAAAGUGAUUCAGAGGGAAAUUGAGAAACUGUAUAGUCUGCCUGUUACUUAUGUUCAAGGAACUGAUUCUGCCAUUGGCGCUGCCAUUGCAAUGAUUUAGUAGAAAAGGAAAAGUAUCUUGCAUAAUGCUUGAAGUGGAACAUUUUGACGUGAUAUGUGAAUUUGCAGUCAGUAACAUUAUUCAGUAUUCACAGUAUUUGUCAGCAAAAGCUUGUAUCCCAAAGAAAUUCCCACAUCAUUCAGUCUGUUAGGCAUCUUAUGUUGGUGGUCAGAUUUUUAUUUUUAAUUUUUUUUUUCGUUUGUAAAAUCAGUAGAUGAUCAUCAGAGGUGAUUUCUGUAGAUUAAGAACAUGAGAAGCACUAGUAAAUUAUAUUGUAGUAGUAUGGACAAUGGUUAAAUGGGAUCAGAAUUUAGUCAAUAAUAUUGUGAUUAUGGUAAUGGAAUGCUUUCAGUAUUCUAGUUUGAAAUAGCUUUUGGAAACCAGUGAUCAAGCUUGACAUUAUCUAGGUCAUUUUGAAAACUGGAGCUGAGCUCUAAUAUCUUGGUACAUUUUUACACAUUAGGUGGAUAAUUAUAAACCACACACCAAACUUCAGUGGAAAUUAUAACAAGGCUUUUGGGAUUACAUGAAUCAUAUGAGACUGAAAAAUGUAUGAGAAUCUCUGUGAGGUGGGGUUAACAUUUCAGCCAUAAGGGUGAAACUUUAUGUGCUGGGAAUGCUGUGCUACCAGUAGAAUACAAAUCACAAAAUGACACAAAAAAUGGUGAAUAUGUGCUUAAUUUUAUGCACUAACAGUAGAUGGUAAAUAUUUCCCAUCAUGUCAGUGGAUAAAUUCUGUCAGCUGCCAUUUGCUGCAAUAUAGCAUUACUUAAUCUGCCAUUAUUUCUAACCCUACUCUCUCCCAAAUCUCAUAAAAAUUUCACUUGAUUUUAUGCCAAAUGGUGAGACUUUGGCCUUGGGUGAUUCCAAGUGUUUGUAUCUCUGUCAUUGCCCUCUGCCAUUCAUUGGAGUUGAUUUCUUGUGAUACUGCUGCACAGUAUUGC